CAACAACAACAGUUUCAAGAUGUCUUCCACGCCCACCCUCAACUACUUCGAGCUUCCCGGCCGCGCGGAAGCCACGCGCGUCGCCCUCGCCUACGCCGGCAAGGAGUUCGAUGACAAGCGGCUGACUUUUCCGGAGUACGGCGCCUGCAAGUGGGCGGGCAAGGGCCUUCCCGUCCUCCAGAUGGACGGCGCCGAGUACACUCAGUCCACGGCCCUCCUCCGGUAUGCCGGCAAGCUGGGAGGUCUGUACCCCGACGAUGCUCUCGCCGCCCUCAAGGUGGAUGAGAUCGUGAUGAUCGGCGAGGACAUUUUGGCCAACAUGUUCAAGUGCAUGGGCGCCGAGGACGACACGGUCGCCAAGGGAGUACUCGAGGGAAAGGUGAAGGGCCUGGUGGAGUUGCUCGUCUCCAAGCUUGCUGCUAACCCGUCCUCCAAGUUCUUCGUUGGCACCUCCCCCACCAUCGCGGACCUCCAGAGGAUGAGGAUCGAAGCGCAACGUUAUUUUUUCUCCGGUGCUCUUGUCACAAUCUCCCUCGCGUGAUUCCUGUACCUAUCAUCGUGGCGGUAUUCCAGAGCGGCUUGCUUGUAUAGGAGCCCCCCCGUCCGCCCAAGUCGCUUCUCGUCCCCCCCUCAUUAUUGUAGACAAGUCUUGCUUCCGCGCGGCCAGCGAAAGACAGUAGUCAACACAACGCGCACUCGAGAGCCCCCCCCCCCCCCCCGACCGUUUAUUCAUUUUGCGUCUCCCCUGCCUCAAAAAACCAGGUGGAGGCGUACUACGCCUCCAAGGCGUAAGCAGACAACAUCGCCCGAAGGACAACACGACUGCCCCACAGAAGAAGCGGUCCCCUGGGCCUAGAGCUUUGUUGACGUAGAGAGUGAAAUGAAAAGCCCUCGGUGAGGUUUGUUGAGAUAAGACAGAAGACCCCGUGCGGGGGGCACGGCACGGCUGUGAUUGGCCUAUUUCCUGACGGUCGCGCCUCAACGUUGUUUCUUGUUGUGGGGUAGGUGGGUGACUCGGAGAAGUACGGGUAGGUGUGAUCACUUUUAGGCUUCGUGGGGGGAGCGAUGUAGUUUAUUAAUUUUUAGCCGUCGUGUGUCUGCUGCCCCCCCGGCGGGCAGAGCGAUUGCUGUCCCGGUGGUGUAAAUUCGGCAUUUUUGGUUUGCUUCUUCUGGAGAUACAAGUGUUUUGAAUCGUGCGAGUGGGAAAAACUCUGGAACAAUUUAUGCAUACAAUACC